GUUAUGGAACCAACCAGAUCUCCAACACCAUACCAAUACGGCAAUACCACUCUCUAUUUAAUGACAUCCUCUCUCACACGGUGCGCUUUGUUUUCUUCUUGCAUUCGCUCGCGCUAUCUUCUCAACUUCUUUCCUUUCCAUUGUUCUUCCAUUGGAGUAUCUACAAAACUCCUUUUCAAGUGUUUUAGCAGCUGAAUAAUUUUUACACUAAACUGCGUUAGAUGGCUGAGGAGGGUCACAGGGUUACUCUUAAUGUUUAUGACCUAAGCCAAGGUCUCGCUCGACAGCUUUCAACGUCCUUUUUGGGGAAAGCUAUUGAAGGCAUAUGGCACACAGGAGUUGUGGUUUAUGGUAACGAGUAUUACUUUGGAGGUGGCAUACAACAUUCUCCUGCUGGAUCAACACCAUAUGGAGCUCCACUUAGAGUGGUAGAAUUAGGUGUUACACAUGUGCCAAAGGAUGUCUUUGAAAUGUAUUUGCAGGAGAUCAGUCCGCGGUACUUGCCUGAAACAUACAGUUUGCUUACCCACAAUUGCAACAACUUCUCCAAUGAAAUUGCUCAAUUUUUGGUUGGUUCAACCAUUCCUGAGUAUAUCCUACAGCUCCCUAAUGAAGUUAUGAGCAGCCCAAUGGGGGCUCUUAUAUUGCCCAUGAUACAGAAUUUGGAGACAACAUUGAAAUCUGGUGGAGUGCCACAAGUACCACAGUUUAGGCCUUCGACCGUGAAUCCUUCACUUUCUGCCUCAGCUAACACUCCCAAGAACCCUAGUGUUCCCAACACAUCCACCACUAAGGAAGUGAGAGGCAAAGAAGAUAUUAGCCCUCAGAAGACAGCAACUGCAGUGUCUCCUUCUCCUUCUGCAAAGCCAUCCUCUGAUAAUGCUGUUACAGCAGCAGAUCCUCUUGGAGAUGCUCGCAACAAGGUUCAAGAUGAGAUUAUCAAAGAGUUUGCUGCGAUUAUGGCAACUGGGACAAUGCGUGCUAGUGAGGCUGCAACACUUGCAACCAGAAGAGUCAUGCAGAGAUAUGGUCAGAUUUCUGUGUCACAGAGUUAGCAACACUAAUGUUUAUUUUGUCAUAACAAUUAUGGGUCUAAAAGACUAAAAACCUUUGUUAUACACUCGCUGCAACUAUUUGUGGUGAAUUUAUCACAUUGAUUAUGAUUAAAUUGGGGGGAAUCAUUUGAAUCA